AGCGCGGGUUAGUCAAACGGCCACAUGGCUAGCGUCCAGCGGGGGUUGGUCAGACGGUUUUAGGCUGGUUACUUUUGUCUGUAAUCACAGUUUACCCGCAAGUAGUUGGUCACAAACUUGGAGUUCCCGUUUCAGGUGGUGCGUUCUUGCUAUAUGUUAGACGUUAUGAGAGUGAUUUGUGAUAUAAUGGUCGCACUGAACCGUGAACUGUAUGAUUCUAUUCUAGCGUAGAUUAGGUUUAUCAAGCAUACAGCACGGGUCUGCUAUAUCUAGGAUAAAUGAUAUAAACUCACUCUUUCUCAAUUCAUAAGAUGAAGUGAUCAAGUGAUGUUACAAUAAUCUUGUUAUUUCGUCGCAUAGCAUAUCUGGAGCUUUUCAAUAUGUUUUUGUUAAAUGAUGGCGAACAUUUCACGAAUCUAAUGAAUCUGAUUUGAAGUCCUGUAUUAAUUGCAUUAUAUUCUUUGUACUUGUUUUAUUAAUUUGAGGGUACUACAAUGUGUUGGUCGUGGAACAUCUGGACCACGUCUAGAAUAUACCAUGUAGAUCCUGAUAAAAAUACAGUUUUAUCUAGAUGUAGCUGAGUAACAUAGUGUUUUUACUUUACUACUAUCUAGAUGUAGAUGUUGCUGAAAUAGUAUGUAGUUUCCAUCAAGAGUCUCUAAAAGAUGAGCACGUUACCACAUUACCACUACAUACUCUACAGUACCCUCUCUACCGUAGAGUUCAUCAUUGGAACACCCCUCAACUUGUUUGUGCUGCUCUACUUCUUGUGUAAGAAAGAUCGGUCAAACAGCAGGUUCUUAAACUUGUGUAUCAAUGCGGUAGAUGUUACGAUCUGUGGACUUAGUUUCUUCAACGCUUUGAGCAGCUUCUAUUCAGGCAAUCCGGUUCUAUUUAACAGCCCCUUUCUGUGCAACGCUCACGGUAUGUUAUGGAACAUAGCCCCCCGUCUCUCAGUUUAUCUGAUAGCAGUUCUCAGUAUCUCUCGUACUGUAUCCCUCAUCUACCCUCUCCGUCACAUUAGUAGGAAGGAGACAGCUGUUCCGAUACUGAUAUACACUGUCAUACAGAUUGUGCAGGCAACUCUGCCUUUUUGGUUUGGAGCCACAUACGUUUUCACUGAGAGCGUUCUAGGUUGCGGCUGGAAGUUUGCAGAUACAAGCCUAAGCUGGGUAGCAAUACAAAUUCUCUAUGUUAUCCUAGUUCCAGUGGAGUAUAUUGUCCCUGCAAUUCUCAUUGUGACCAGCUGUGCUCUCUCUUGUCGACAUCUCUGGGCUAAGAACCCUCAGCUCGGGAACAGUGGGAUGAGUGACAGAAAGAGGCAAGCGACAGUUACAAUUAUCAUGCUAACAAUAACCUACAUCAUGUUCAACCUGCCAUUCUGCGCGCUAGUCCUAGCAUACUGCAUAGCCAUCUUCUCGGGGAACAAACUUAACUACGCUGAUAAAAUGCAGCUGACAGAGGAGCAAACGGUUUUGGUAAACAACCUGACCUUCACUCAUACAGUUAACCUCAACUCUAUGGUAAACGCUAUCAUCUACCUGGUGAGGAUCAAGGACCUAAAGAAGUUUGGAAGAACAGUUGUGAGCAGGGUCUCCAGAAAACAGCAGACCAACAGACAGGAGACGAGCUUGAAAGAGAUUGGUAGAGUUACAGAGAGUACACUGGAUAGACUAGACGGACUGAAGCGAGCAGAGGGAACUGUGCUAGAGAACAAGACCGUCAGUAGAGUCCGUAAUGACACUGAACACUCCUCUUACGAGAGCGAGGACUCAACUUGCUACAAGCGUGUGCGCGCAGACAAUGUUAGUCCGGGGCUGAUAUCACGUGUCAGGACCAGCAGCGAGGGGUCACGUGGCGGGGGGUCACGUGGCGAGGGGUCACGUGGCAAGCGCAGACAUGAGAGCGGGAGUGAGGGAAGGUUGUCUGCUCAGUCUCCUGAACUUGGUAACAAACACUUUGUGGUGAUUCCCAGGAAACAUGUUAACCACUAUAACUUGUAGACAUAUUUAUAAGCAAAAGUAACAUUAUUAUUAUGUUGUGGUAAAUAUACGGUAUCGAUACUUACUUGUAGCUUAAUUAGUGCAUGUACUAAUUAGAUAAAUUAAGGACUAGGGUCCUCAGACUGACUAUUAAUUGGUCAGUGACCAUUAUAGUAAUUUUGAAUCUAUACCAUGGGAUCAUCAAAUCACACUAACUAUUACUUAACAGAUGAUUAGAUUGAUUUUAUUGUGUUUUUUGAACGAUAACCCUACACAUCUAGUCUUUUACUUCUCAUCACGUGCAUGGAAUUUAACCUUAUUCCUUCCAUUUCUUCUAUCUUUCCAUUUCUAUAUUAAGACUUUUGGGUUUUAACCCUCAUUAUCAUGAAACUAAUACCUCAUCAAAUAAUCACAUUAAUAAUCACUGCUAUACUAUCAGUUCACUAUUUAAACACACACAAUAAGUCCUCCUUAACACCGCAUCACACUGCAUAUUUUACACAGAUUAAAUAAAGCAUUUUAGUAUUCUACAGAAUUACACUGAACCAUUAUGACGUGAUCGUGGGUAUCAAAUCCUAUCUCUUCACUCAAUCAUUUUGAAGCUGGAAUUAAAUGAAUAAAUGAUGCUGGAAAUUCACAUCUUAUUAAACUUCACACCUUUAAUAUUUUGCUCACUACGCUACAAUUGAAGGGUUUCGACUUUCUUUCUAAUUUUUAAACAUUUUUCUUUUUCUCUC